AUGCUAAUCAGUUUGAAUGGACCCUUCCUGUUGCAACUCUCAGAGUUAUGCGAAAAAAUAAGCAACAAUAGCAGAGUGCAAACUGCAUUCAGCAUGCGUAGAAAAACGUUGUUGCAGCAUGCAUUUUGCAUUUUACAAAAUGGACAAAAAACCUUAUUUUUGGAGAAUUUAACAUCACUUGUGAAGAAUGAAUUUGCCCACCAGUCAUUUUCAACUGUUGUUGAUGCAUUUUUAAUGCUUGGACCAAUACAUGACUCCUUUUUUAUUAUUACGAUACAUUUAAACGCGCUUGGCAAUCGUGUAAAUAUUUAUGUUAAAUUAUUAACCAAAUCUUUAGAGAUUUUCAAUUGUCAACUCAUAAAUUCAUCAUCUAUUGAGUCCAUCAGAGUAAACACCAAACCUUUUGUUACAUCAUCACUCACAAAAAACAUUAUUAUGUGCAACUCUUUACCUAAGUUUCCAAUUCAGAACGAGUAUCAAGUCAUGCUUAUAAUGCCAUCUGGAGUCAUUACCAUCAUCAAUGACAUUUUGAAAGGACUUCUAAACCAUACAAAAGCUGAAACAUUUUAA